AGUGGGACAAUUUUCUGCUUGCGCUGGAAAUUUCAAUUUGAGGUUCAGACUUAUGUACUAACAACAUUAAAGCUUCUAUAAGCUCUUACAGUUUCAAUUCGUUCGCUUUGGAUUGCUGAAACUAGACGACUAUCAUGGAUCGAAGACGAAUUAAUGGUCCGGUAGGGAAGACAACUCCUCCCGUAUAUGAUACGCCACUGGUAAAAAGAGCGAUAGAACGCCCAAACGACGAUGCCAUUCGAAAGAUCUUUUUGAAGACGGGAGUGACUCCUUCGGCUUCUGGUUCCGCGUAUCUGGAAGUUGAAGACACCAAUACCGAUAGUCCUUCUGGCACAAGCCUGAAGCUUACGUGCACUGUCCACGGUCCUCGAGCCCUUCCGCGAUCAGCACCUUUCUCCCCUCACAUCAUCCUCUCGACCCACGUUAAAUUCGCACCUUUCGCAACAAGACAACGACGCGGCUAUGUACGCGAUUCGAGCGAGAGAGACCUGGGAGUCCAUUUAGAGACGGCACUAAGAGGGGCGAUCAUCGCAGAUCGUUGGCCUAAAAGUGGCGUUGAUAUCAUCGUUACUAUAAUCGAAGGAGAUCAAGAUCGCGAUUCCCCUGACUACGAUAAGGAUGAGGGUUGGGAUAUGAUGAACGUUCUGAGCGGCUGUAUUACUGUUGCUUCGGCUGCUAUCGCCGAUGCAGGCAUCGACUGCGUAGACACCGUUUCCGGAGGCGUUGCGGCUCUAGUAGCCAAAGAGGCGCAGAGCCAGCCAUCCAUCGUACUUGACCCUGACGUCGCCUCAUACCACAAGAUACUUGCCGCAUGCUGUGUCGCAUACCUACCAACGAGAGACGAAGUGACCAAUAUUUGGUUCAAAGGCCAAUUGCCUGAGGCGGAUGCUCUGGCUUAUGAUGCCAUGGUCGAGAGAAGUCUGGUGGCUUGCAAGAGUGCGAAUCGUGUUCUCGUCAAAGCCCUACAUGAGAUGGUUCCUCAAGGGCAGACCCCUUCCUGAGCCUAACCAACGCUACCACAGAGCAUUUGUUGCGUGUCAGGUGCGAAGCUGAAAUCCUAAUUGACUUGGGUGGAUACCUACCUAAGAGGAUACUCUCCUAUAUGCUGAAGCCUGCCUGGAUAGGCGGUGAUAUAAUCAAGCUAAGGCUGUGAUUCCAUAGGAUACCCUAUCGAAGGGAUAUGCAUUGACGACGGAUAAGCCAAGUAACAGAGGUUGGCAGAGUCACUCGAUUGGCAAUAAACCUACGAGGUUAGUGGAUUGUACGUCGGCCUGCAUAUGAACGCCGGUACGAGCAGCCGAGGCCUUAAAUCUCACUAACACUCUUGGGUUGUGACUCUUGUGAGAGGUUAUGUAGAGUGUAAGCCUAGCCUGAAAAUAGCACACUGGCAAAUUCAAGUUUCUAGUUAGAUAGUCAUGACAAAGCACAGACAUAUUCUAGAAGCUGUCAAAACUGAAUUCAAAUUUACCUAUUCAAAUGAA